CCCGCACUGGAUCAGCAUGGCAAUCUGAUGCUUUGCAAAAGUUUUUUUCAUCACUUCGCUUCUUUUUUAUUCAUUUCAGGCACUAUGAACAUACCCAUCGUUAUUUUCAGUUGUAUUGGCGACCAGUUUAUGUUUUUCAAUCUUUUACGUGACCCCUCAACUCACACACUGAUUAUCCAAGCGUAUUCAUAACUUCAAAAACAAAAUCACCCAACGUGAAGACUACAUUCUGUUAGGUACUUGAAUAGGAACAAAAUCAUGAUUUUUAAAUAGUUCGGGUCCACCGCUUCGACCGGACAGCGACCGCAUGAGAACAAUGCUGUAGCGCACGGACUUAUACGUUGAAAAGGAGAAGCAGAGUUCGCACUCCUGACGCCUCUGAGUAUCCCGUUCCGCGACACCAUGGCCGCCCCCGGACAGCAGCAGCAGCUUUUGGCUCCGGGGCUGCUGGACCGGAUUUUAUCCGCCCUGGCGCGCACCCACGAGCCGCGCACGCCCCCGAACGAAAGGCGCGAGGCCCAGCAGUUUCUGAUCGGUUUGGAGUCGUCGGAGCAGACCCACGACAUCGCGUUUCAACUGUUGCAGAUGACGCUGACGGACACCCAAACCAGCCAAUACAAGCCGGCGGUCCAGCACUUUGCGUUCCAGCUGUUACAGAAGGCGAUCAAGGCCUUCUACUUGAGCAAAUGGACGGAAAAUGAACGCGUUCUCGUGAAGCAGUUCCUGCUCACCCAGGUCUCUCCGGAGAAGAUUCAGCCGAUGAAGUUUGUGUUGACCAAGUACGCGUCCUGUCUGGUGGAAAUCGCCAAGCGCCAGGAGUGGCCGGAACUCUUUGACGCUAGUGGGAACAGCAGCUACUCGCUCUUGAACUGCGGGACUGGAGCUACAGUAAAUGCAGCGAAUUCAGCUUCGCCCCAGGUAAACAAAGACCCUAACACAGCAGUGCUUGUCCUCCGGUUACUCGCGGAAUCUGUGGGCGACGGCGUUAUGCCGGUUAAGGAUUUGCCGGUGAAGCGGAAGAAGGAGCUGCAGAAUAGCUUGAAGGAGCGAGGAAAAAUGAUGUUCCAGUGGAUGCAGGCGUUCCCGAACAUCUCAAAUCAGGAGAAGAUUCUUUUCAUCAAGGCAUUCACGCCAAUUUUGGGCUUGGCGUACCUUCUUUCCCAGAAGUUCGACGACGCGCUGAUCAGCAUUCUAGAGAAGAGCGACGACGACAAGGAGCGCGAGGAGGUGAUUUUGACUUUCGCGGAGUGGUCGGUCACUCCUCUGUACGCCAAGACGAAGGGAGGCGGAGGCGGAAACAGUAGCAACAAUGCGGGACAACAGCAACAGCAGCCGACGGUGAUCCAGAAGGACGACGUCCGCCGGCUGUGCGAGAAUCUGAACAAACUUUGCUCUUCGAUGACGCAGCAGGUCCACGCGCAACAGAACAGCUCGAAUUUCGUGCAGCAGGAAGACAUGCUCGCGCAGCACCGGCAGAUCGUGACGAUUGUGAAAGAUUUCGUUUUGACCAACGCCGAAUCCUUGAACAAAGAGUUCUUGCACGAGCAGGGAAACGCCAAUAACCCAUCCACACAACCAAAAUCCAACCCGAUUUCCAUUCUCUGGCGCGCCUUGCUGCUUCACUCUGCGCGCUACCCGAGCUACUUCAUCGCGUCAGAAGCGUUUCUGGCGCUGAAAACACUGGCGAAGCCGUGGAAGGAUUUGUCGGAAAACAUGACGUCGUUCCUGAAGCUGGACGAGAUCGUGGAGGUGUGUUUACUGCGGAUGUGGAAGCCGCCAGUCAUGGACCAGCAAAACGUGAACAGUGUCGGUCAGACUCAAAAUUCUAGUCAAAAACUGCACCCGUUGAUCGCGAAAUGUCUGCAAUCCGCGACGGGGAGCGAAAUCCAGGCACUGCAGUGGCUGCAGGUGUUGCAGCAGUCCAAGCAGAUUGAGCAGGAAUUGUUGGACUACAGCGCGAAUUCGGAAUUCGGAAUGUUGAAAAACUGCGUUUACCUGUUUCUCCAAACCUUGUCCGAGGUCGGCGGCGAAAAGUUUUUCGUACCUUUGGUGGGGAAAGUGCGGGAGCUGGUCAGGCUAAUUUUGACUAACGAAGGUGCGGAUCAAGUCGUGGAAACGGCAGUGAAGGUAUAGAAUAUUUGUGAUAGGGAGGUUUAUCUUCUGGAUUGACUUGACUUCUAUGUUACGUCGUGUUCUGGAUGUGGAGUUCAGUAUCUAUGCUACACUUGCAGCUUAUUUCUAUGCACAAAUCUAACACGUAUUAUGCAAAUCCCACAUCACCACAGAUCCCCGCCUUGGAAGCGUCUCUUGGCUUCCUGACCCGGCUGACACCGUACCUGAUCGCGAAGAUGACGAAGGAGAUGAAAGCGUCCAAGAAACACCUCGAAGAGGGCCGGCAGCAACGAGCGGCGCCGCCCACCUACCCGAACCUGGUCGCGGACCCGGGGAACUGCGUGGACAACGUUUUGUCGCUGAUCAACGAGCUCGUCGCAUACGAAAACACGAUGCUGGUAGAGCAGCAGCAAAGCAGAUUACACCAGCAGCCGGCCUACGAGGGCGGCGAGCAGAACCAGCCACCAUGGUUGAAGCUAGAAACGGUGCGUUUGGAAUUUGUCGGGCAGGUCAGUACGAUUUACCCGGUGCGGCCCCAGGUGGUGGUGCCCGUCAUGGACUAUUUGUUCCAAAGAAUAGAAGCCCAGAUCGCGACGUCCACUGCACAGAAUUCUAUGGGCAUUGCGGCAAACACAACGACGACCGGUCCUAUCUCCGCCGCGGAGCAGGCGUCUCUAGUACAGAUGGAGCUCCAGCGCAAGGCGCUGACCUGUUUGACGACGAUCUGUAAAAACGGGCAGAACGCGGUUUUGGUGCAUUUGGACACGUUGAUGACGAAAGCGCAGAAGGUGCACUCUUCCUUAACGAAGAACAACCAGCAGCUAUUGACCCAGGCACUCGUUGCAGCGGCAAGCUCUGAUUUCCGGAAGCAGAGGGAGAUCGUGACGCUCGCCAGCUCUGGCACCGUUCAGGAUUGGACGAGCGGGAAAAUUGCGCGGAUCUGCUGCAACGAAGAAAACCUGCUGAGAAACGCCCUUCUCCCGCAGCGCGAGGCGGCGGCGGUUUCGCAGAAGGGCGGGAGUGCCAGCAGCAGCGGUGCGUCCAUUCCGGAGAAGCACACGCACAAGUCGUUGUAUUUCCAGGACGCGAAGCUGGUUUCGCAAGCGUUGCAGUCGUAUCUGAUGAUCCUGAAGCACACGAGCGCGAACAUCAGUCCCUACAUUUUGAAGGCGGACACGGCGGCGGAUAACGGCCAAGGCCAGCCGGUGCAACAGCAGCAGCAAAGCACCACCGCCGACGGUGAUGAGGCGCAAAAGCCGAACGCGUUCGUGGUACAGCGCAACCCCGCGGGGGAGUUGGUGAGGCAGAUUUUGCCGAAUCUGUUUCAGCUUUUAAAGUCCUUCUUCCACGCCUACCCCUCGGAUUGGCUGCUCACCAACCAGGCCUUUGUGGAGCAGACGGAGUGGCUGAUGAUCAUGGGGAGCGAAAAGACGCACGGCAGCACCGAGCCAACCACCAGUAGCACAACGGUUGAGCAGGGGACGAACGUUGGCGAAAGCGGGGCAGACCAAGCGAGCUCCUCGGCCAGCAGCAGUGCGAGUCGCCAGUGCUACGACCAGAAUCCGAACUGCAGACGCGAUGAUUACGACCGGGAAGCGGGCAUUUGGCUGUUCAACAUCCGAUUUUCCGCGAUCCGCACGCUCGGCGCCUGCGCCGAGGCUGCGGACGGCUUCUGGUCCAGCACGUCUGGCACCGGACAGACCCAGCAUUUGAACGAGCAGAAUGUGCUGAGUUUUAUCCAGGAGCUCUGCAGCUUGAUCAACGAGACUUUUCCCAAAUCCAGCCCCCACCACGUGGAGUUGUUCUACAAGCACGUUUUCCUCUCCAUGUUCGCGCACACGGAAAACGGGAAGCAGAAGUUGUUGCAGAAUGAACUCUGCCGUUUGAUCUGCCAAUCCGAGCUGAUUCCGACGUUGGUGAGGCAAACCGUUGCGGUUUUUGAACGAUAUUGGCAUCUGAUACAACACCAGCAGGACCCCACGGGGAAAAACUCAACAUGUAACCCAGCAAACUCCAUGCUGCAAGCGUUUCCCUCGUUCGAGCCGGUGGUGGUCACAUCUCUUCUUUCUCUCACUCGCACCGUCGCGUCCGCGUGGACACGGUUGGUGGUUUGCGGCUUCGGCGGCGGCCACAGUUCCGUUUUCGUGGACUACUCCACCCGGGUUGAAGCCAGGCCCUUCAGUUGGGUAGAUUUCCUCUUCCGCGGCGGGUCAAACACGACGACGACGCUGUUGCAGGGAAUUCUUUUCCUGCUAAAAAUCCCGGACCCCGAGGGGCAGAACCGGUUCGGCGCGCUGCUGCGGAUUUUCCUUGUCCAACUCUGGAGCACCGGGAGUCUGCACUGCCUGUUGCAUGAGAAGCAGCUUUUGCAGGCGAUUACGAACGCUGCAGGCGGCAGUUCUGCUGUUGUACAGCGCCCGUUGCUUUCCUCCCCGCCAAACGCUGGUGGAAACAGCACUCUGGUGCAGAAUUCCGACCUGCUCAACCGGUACGGGACGCCGACCUUCGGCGGUGCAACGUCAGCGACCAGCACGACGGCGUCCUCGCCCGCGACGCUAGCGACAUCAAACACUCCGCUGAAAGCCGGCCUGACCAAUCAGCAGCAACAGUCCGCGAUCGAAAAUAUGUUUCUCACCUCCGGUGGCAAUGCGGAGGAGAUUCUGCCGAUUCCGGAGCUGUUGGAAAAGUUAAAUCUUCAACUCCAAUUCCCGGACGUGAUCGUCAUGGUGACCAAAGCGGUGUUGGAAUUGCUGUUUACCGAAACCAACUUGUCUUCCGUCAUGAACAUUUUACUCGGGAAGAAAAUCCAGACCUACAAGUCAGAACAGCUAGUGAACGGGAAAAAACAGCGGUCGCCGUUUGUGUCGAACUUAGCGCACAUUCUCUUCACCUUACUGCAGGCAGUGGCGAAGGAGUAUGAACUGCAGUGCAGAGUGCUCCAGUUGAACAGUCAGGAGAAUUCGCUGGAACACAACCUGGAGCAGGGGAGAACACUGAAUCCAAUCACUGUUUGUAGGAGUGGUUUUUCCGUAUUUACAGGUCCACAACAACAGCAGCAACAGCCGCAGCAGGUCACCCUGACGAAUUUUCAGUCCGUUCUUCAAGUGGCGCAAAUCUUGCAACAGGGUCUGGAGAAGAUUUUGGAGGUGAAAAGACAGCAGAAAGCGAUGAGUUUGGCCACUGGGUUUAGGCAAGAGUCAGAAGAAAACAGCCUGGACGUGAACGCCUCGGGGUCCGAUUUGGCACUUCGUGCGUUAAAAGCGGUACUCGGACAGGAAAUUCGCCUGCAGAUGGCGGAGGAAAAGAACAUCACUGCGAAUUCCGGCUCCGGCGCGAUCGCGCAAUUUGAGCUCGACGUGGUCGAAGCAAGAAAAGCAGUCUUGCGUGACAUACUGGCGACACUUUGCUGACAGGGAACUGUAGUGAAGCAGACUCCGAAUUUUAUACUAUUUUCCGACGACACUUCAACUUCUUUUUCAGGACAAUAGCGCGUACGCGUUCUAUUCCCGGCUUCGGCCUAAUAAUCGAACGGAUACAAAGAAAC